CAUGGUGUGUCAACUCCAAGUGGUUCUGAGCUUCUUGCUCACCACAUUAAAUUGCUUUUGGAGCAUAACAGUAACUGGGUUGCUAUAAAAACACGUGAAAAAUGCAUUCAAUUCAAUCAGCAGGAAAGAGUUGUUACAACAGUGCCGUUCUACAUUUCAAGACAUAUCAAAGCAUGUGUACCAGAUGUACUUUGAUUUCAGUUCACUAGUCGCCUUGCAGAAUGGUCAACUGGUUUUGCUACAAUCUGAGGUUGGGGUUCACCAAGGUGACCCAUUAGGUCCUGCUCUGUUUGCCAUGGCUAUCUACCCAACUUUGGUGAAUCUUCAGAACACUUUCUCCAACAUUCAAAUCCUAGCAUACUUGGAUGAUGUGUUCUUGGUUGGUUUGCCAAGUAACGUUACGGAAGCCUUUACUUCUUUACAAUGCAAUUUCUCAGCUAUUGGCUUAGAUAUUGCUUGUCAGAAAUGUGAGAUUUAUUGUCCAUCUCCAGCUAUCACAAUUCCUGAUUGUCAACUUCCUGUUACAUCUGAAGGCAUAGUUAUAUUGGGAAUGCCUCUUGGAAAUGCUAAAUUUGUAUCCAAUUUUUGCUCUACGUAUGCUAACACUGGGGAACAACUAUGUGACCAAUUGUCUUCUUUGAAUGAUGUCCAAAGCGCUUCGUUAUUGCUCAAGUAUUGUCACGUUCCACAAUUGAAUUAUUUAGCUCGUGUUGUUCCUCCAAAUUUACUAACAUCUGCAGCAGAAAUUCACGAUUUACAGACACGCAAAGUUUUCUCUGAAUUACUAUCUUAUCACCAACUCAGUGACUUGGCAUGGCAACAAGCCACUCUACCAGUCCGACUAGGUGGUUUUGGUCUAACAUCUGUCAAAUCUAUAGCAGCUUGUGCUUUCUUAGCCUCGUGGGUUGAAGCAAUAGAUGCACUACCCAAGCGUUUUCCUAACUUGAGAGUAGAUUUAGAUUUGCUUCUGAAAGGAUCUUAGGGAUCUGCUACAGGUGCGACAUUAAAGAGCCUCCUUCCCUUGAAUGAACUGUCUGAGUACUUACCUGCUAGUGGCAAAUUACAGAAGCGAUUAUCUAAUGAUUUGUUUGAAUCUAUGUCUCGUGAUACAGUGAAGUCAACAAGAGAUGCUGCCAGAAUUCGCUCUUUACAUGGUGCAGGUGCAGGUGCUUAGGUCAACGCUGUUCCAACCUCGAUGUGUUUCGCACUUGAUUCUUGCGUUUAUCGCUUGGCGUCAUAUCUGAGGUUGGGCUUGCCAGUCUGUUCUCGGGAGUGGUUGAGUUCGUGUCAGUGCAGAGCAGUUCUUGACGACAGCGGGUAUCAUCUUUUAACAUACAAGGUUGGUGGUGGCCCAGUUUGGAGUCACGAAUCCAUUGCAAAUGUUUGGGCUGAUUGUCUAAGUGAACUUCACAUACCACACAGGAGAGAGCCAAGACAUCGCUACUCAAACUCAGAUAACAGACCAGACAUUAUAGCACUUGAUACACAUUCUGGUAUGAGUAUUGAUUUAGACAUCUCUCUUGCCCAUCCCUGGAGCUCAGAGGUAUUUCCCUCAUCCUCAAAAGUAGAUGGUCUAGCUUCGAAGUGAAGAGAAGAAAAGAAAAAAAAAUCAAAUAUCAAGAUGAAGGCUGCCAACUGGCAACCAAAUAAUCUUUAAGCCUUUAGUCAUUGAACACUUCGGUAGAUGGGGUGAUGAAGGAGACCAACACCUACGUUCUCUCGGAUCUCAACCUUUUGAUAAAAAUGGUCGGCACAACUCGGCACAAUUUAUAGAUCACUGGCGGAAAAGGUUCAGCAUUCAAUUACAGCGAUGCAAUGCCAGAGUAAUCCAACGCAAGAUGUCAUCCUUGGGUUGCAGAGUCCACGCAAAAAAACCCCGCUUUCAUCUCCAAUAAUUAGUGUUGCAAUAACUGGACCCUCUUUGGGUUCUUUAGUAGUUAGAAAAUGUAAUUUUAGUUCUCAGUUGGUUCAGUAGUUGAUAUCUGUAGUCUCUAGGUGAUUCUGUAUAAUUUGACUCGUAGUUAAAUAUUGUAUGUUGCUAGAUUCAUGUUUCAAAUAUAUGUAUUGGACAGACAGACAGACAGACAGACCCGGAUGAAUGGAAGCGGUGCUUGCAACCUACAGUUUCUGCAAAGUAGAAGUCAUCAACAGAAGAGGAGAGCUUUUUCAGGAUUCUUUUUGGCGUCAGCGGUUCUUUCCGCUUUCGUCGGUUGCGUCAGUCCUAUUCGGUUGUAUGGGGUCCCCGUUUCUGGAAUGAACGCUUUUGUUGAGUUGCUUUUCGUCGUAUGUUGUUUCCGUGGCUUAUGUUUCUUUGUUGUGAUCGAGUUUGCGUUCUGUCUUUACUCUUGUGGCUUCAGUGUCUGGGAUCAUCGCAGCCUUACCUUGCCUUCGUGGUCUAGUGCAUUUUCUCCAGAUUCUGUUGUCGUCAUCUCAUCUUCGUCUCAUCGUCCAUCUUGUGACUUCAGCAUGUGGGAUUAUCGCAGCCUUACCUUGCCCUUGUGGCCUAGUGCGUCUUCUCCAGAUUCUGUUGUCAUCAUGUCGUCUUUCCUUCGUCUUGUCGUCCAUCUUGUGCACGUGACUUCAGUGUCUGGGAUCAUCGCAGCCUUACCUCGCCCUCGUGACCUAGUGCGUGUUCUCCAGAUUCUGUCGUCAUCAUCUUGUCUUCCUCUUCGUCUUGUCAUCCAUCUUGUGACUUCAGCAUCUGGGAUUAUCGCAGCCUUAACUUGCCCUCGUGGCCUAGUGCGUCUUCUCGGAUUCUGUCAUCACCAUCGCCUGGUCUUCUUUGGAUUCAUUUCUUCUGACUUGCGUAUCUUGUACCUAGCUCUAGAGUCUUGCCUCUCAUAUGUAGUUUGCAAGGUAUAUGUUGUUACUAGUGUUGGACUUUAGUUAUAGCUAUGUGCUUUGCAGUGAUGUAUAAUAGUUCCAUGUUUGAAAAUAUAUGUAUUGACAGACAGACAGACAAACAGACAGACAGAGUGCCAUGUUUCUUCUUUGCUACUGCCAUGCUCAUCGUCUGUCAUCUACUCAGAAACAUUCCUCCUGAUGAGAAACGCCCUGCUACAAUCAUACAUGACACACAAACGCAAAGUACCUUUACCAAACUCUGAACAUCAACAUUCGUCUCUGGUUGGGCUCACUUGUUGCAAGUGUUACCGAACCGAUUUCCAGAUCUACAGCGACAAGUAGCUUCAGUAAUCAGUCAAACAAUGUCUUCAAGUGCUCAGGAAAAUAGCAGUCAUCAUCUACAGAAGUGUCUGUGUCCUGGUUAGGUUCUGACAGAUCUCAUCUCUAACACCAAAAGACUUCAGCAUAAGCUGACUGAAAACAAACAAAAUCUCAAGUUCAGCACAUGUUGACAAUUCUCCACUCAAGGAUGCAGUUUGUUUGAGAUCUCUUCAAGGAAAGGGCUCAGGAGCCUGGCUAGACACUAUUCUCACCUCAAGAAAGCUUGCAAUUUCUCCUGGAUUAUUCCACUUGGCAGCAUUAAUGACACUGGGUCUACAUUUGCCACUGCCUCCAUCUAUAAUUGAAAGCGAUUGUGGCAAGA